GGUACUUCCAUCAUCAAUAGCCUUUCGAACACCAUUCUAGAUAAGAAUACUAAAAAUGGCUGCUCAAGCAACCAAAACCAUCUUCUUUAUUCUUCUCUCCUUCGCAAUUUUUCGCUCUCAUGCAGCGCUCAAUGCGCACUAUUAUGAUCAAACAUGUCCACAAGCUGAGUUUAUUGUAGCACAGACGGUUCGCAAUGCUUCCUUAUUCGAUCCUAAAGUCCCUGCUCGCCUCCUUCGCAUGUUCUUCCAUGACUGUUUCAUAAGGGGAUGUGAUGCAUCAAUUUUACUCGACUCAACACCUGGGAAUAAAGCUGAGAAGGAUGGGCCUCCUAACGUUUCAGUUCGAUCAUUCUAUGUUAUUGAUGAUGCAAAAGCUAAGCUUGAGAAGGCAUGUCCACACACAGUUUCAUGUGCUGACGUAGUCGCCAUGGCUGCUAGAGAUGUCGUCACCAUGACUGGAGGACCAUACUGGAAUGUUCUCAAAGGAAGAAAAGAUGGAAGAGUGUCUAAAGCUUCUGAUACUACAAACCUUCCACCCCCAUUCUUGAACGCGACUCAACUCAUUCAGACCUUCGCCAACAGAGGUCUAGACAUUAAGGAUCUAGUCGCGCUAUCUGGUGGCCAUACUCUAGGAUUCUCACAUUGUUCUUCCUUUGUAGCCCGCGUCCAUAACUUCAGUACAGUGCAUGCUACUGAUCCUAGCAUGAACGCUGAAUUUGCCAGCGUACUUAAGCAAAAAUGUCCAGGAUCAAACAAUAAUGGAGAUGCAGGACAGUUGUUGGAUUCAACUGCAACACAAUUCGAUAACGACUACUACAAACAGAUCAUUGCAGGAAAGGGUGUGUUCGGAACAGAUCAAGCCAUGUAUAAUGAUCAGAGGAGUAGACCAAUAAUUGAGGCAUUUGCUAAAGAUCAAAACUUGUUCUUUACAGAGUUUGCAGCUUCAAUGAUAAAGCUUGGAAAUGUGGGGGUUAAUGAAGUAGGAGAAGUCAGAGUGAACUGCCGGAGGAUAAACUGAGUUCUAGUAAGAGAGAAAAUAAGAGAUCACUUAUUUUCUGUCAUUCUUGAGAGAUGAAAUGAUUUAUGAGUGAGAGAAACAAAGCUAUCAUUACUUAAUUUCUUUAUAUUCUUGAGAGAUGUAAUAAUGUAAAGAUGUUUUUUUUUUUUUAUGUUUGUAUACUCUAACAUAAUGAAGGUUUGUAUUCUGUGUUUGUUAAUAAUUUAAAGAAUUUUUUACGUUUA